ACUUUUUAUUAUUAGCUAGAGCCAAUCAGAGGAAGAAGGCAAGCAAGUGACUUGGUGAGUCUCUGUCUUUGCAAAGUCUGGAGGAGAGUGCAGGUAACAUAACUUUGGACAAACACACACAGACCCCCACAACUGACGUGGUUGUGUGCCGCUAGAGCAGAGGCUGGUUAAACACUCAGUGCGUGGGCUCACUGUGCCACUCCUGGAAAAUAAUGAAUUGGGUAAGGAACAGUUAAUAAGAAACUGUGCCUUGCUAACUGUGCACAUUACAACAAAGAGCUGGCAGCUCCUGAAGGAAAAGGGCUUGUGCGCUGCCGUUCAAACUUGUCAGUCAACUGGUGCCAGCAGCCUCAGCGUCUGCCUGCCCAGCACACCCUCAUCACAUGUGUCUGUCUGGCCUGAUCUGUACAUCUGCUCAGAGUCGCUCCUGCCCAGUCGGGGAUUUCUGCUUUUCUCCACCGGUGCUAAGAGUGGAUUUUUCCCUGCUUCUCCUCUGUUACCUCUGCUCCGCUCCCCAAGGAGGCUCCAGCUUUAUGGUAGCUUUGGACUUCCUUCACUGCCUGCCUGUCCUUGCCUUCUAGAAUGGAAGAAGCUGAACUGGUGAAGGAAAGACUUCAGGCCAUCACAGAUAAAAGAAAAAUACAGGAAGAAAUCUCACAGAAGCGUCUGAAAAUAGAGGAAGAAAAACUAAAGCACCAGCAUUUGAAGAAAAAGGCUUUAAGGGAGAAAUGGCUGCUGGAUGGAAUCAGCAGUGGAAAAGAACAGGAAGAGAUGAAGAGGCAAAAUCAACAAGACCAGCGCCAGACCCAGGUUCUAGAACAAAGUAUCCUCAGACUUGAGAAAGAGAUCCAAGAUCUCGAAAAGGCUGAACUGCAAAUCUCAACUAAUGAAGAGGUAAUUUUAAAGAAACUAAAAUCAAUUGAGAGGACAACAGAAGACAUAAUAAGGUCUGUGAAGGAGGAAAAGGAAGAAACAUCAGGAGAGUCAAUUGAAGACAUCUAUGCUAAUAUCCCCGACCUUCCAAAAUCCUAUGUACCUUCCAGAUUAAGGAAGGAAAGAAAUGAUGGAAUAGAAGAUGAUGAACAAAAUAGAAAAGCUUUGUAUGCCAUGGAAAUCAAAGUUGAAAAAGACUUGAAGACUGGAGAAAGUACGGUCCUGUCUUCAAUACCUCUCCCAUCCGAUGACUUUACAGGUACAGGAAUAAAAGUGUAUGAUGACGGGCAAAAGUCAGUAUAUGCAGUAAGCUCUAAUCACAGUGCAAAACUCAACGGCACCGACGGCCUGGCACCAGUUGAGGUAGAGGAACUCUUAAGACAAGCUUCCGAGAGAAACUCUAAAUCCCCGACAGAGUAUCAUGAGCCUGUAUAUGCCAAUCCGUUUUUCAGGCCUACAACUCCACAGCGAGAGAAGGUAACCCCUGGACCAAACUUUCAAGAAAAGAUAAAGAUUAAAGCUAAUGGACUAGGUAAUGAUAUGAAUGAAUCCAUACACCAUAUGGACAACGGACUUUCAGAGGAGAAGGGCAACAGCUUCGAUCAUGUCCGUCCUGUUCGGCCAAUACCUCAUCCCCGAUCGCUGACUCAACAAGCAGAGGAGACACCCCACGCCCUGCAAGAGAGGCUGAUGACGCCUUGGGAAGAAUCGAUGGUGAUGCAGGACAAGUAUGCGCCCUCUCCAAAGGCAAGACUCAGUCCCAGCGAAGCGCUCGUUGGGAGAUCAGAAUGUCAGGCUUCUUCUACUUGCCAAGAGGAUGAGGAAGAUGUGAGAUACAACAUCGUUCAUUCACUGCCUACUGACAUGGAUGAGAGAGAACCCGUGACGAUGAUUUUCAUGGGAUACCAGCAGGCAGAAGAUGAUGAUGACGAAAAGAAGCUUCUGACAGGGUAUGACGGGAUCAUCCAUGCAGAGCUGGUUGUGAUUGAUGAGGAGGAGGGGGGUGAAGGAGAAGCUGAGAAACCAUCCUACCAUCCCAUAGCGCCCUACAGUCAGGUUUACCAGCCUGCUAAGCCAACACCACUUCCUAGGAAGAGAUCAGAAGUUAAUCCCCAUGAAAAUGCAAACCAUAGAUCUCCCCACAAAAAUUCCAUAUCCCUGAAAGAGCAAGAAGAAAGCUUAGACAGCCCUGUCCACCGUUCUCCACUUGGUGUUCAGACAGCUGGAGAUGGAACUGAGGACCCAUCCCUAACAGCUUUAAGGAUGAGAAUGGCAAAGCUGGGGAAAAAAGUUAUCUGAGAGCUGUACCAUCUAUGUAAACAUCCUUUGGAGAAGAAACUAAGAAACGUUUGCAACUUUCUCUUCUGGAUAUUUGGGGGAUUUUUUUGGUUUGUUAUUUUUGUUUGUUUGUUUUUUGGGGAUCCAAAAAAUUAUAAUUAUAUCCAUAUUAAGCCAUGUGAAAAAGCAGUAGUCAUUAUUUGUAAAACAAAUUCCAAAAAAGCUGGGGAGAACAAAUAUUUAAAUUUUCCAGUUACUUAACAUGAUUCAGUGGCAGUGGGGGGGGAGGGGGCUGGGACAGCAUAUUUUUAUUGUAUUGAUACCAAAGCAUUUCUAAUAAGAGCUUGUUAAAUUUCAGAAUAAAGUUAUUUAAAAUAGCCUGACUAGAUCCUAUUAACUGACAUUGUAAUUUUGCUAAUACAAAUAAAAGAUCAUAGGAAGCGACUGCACCUCAUCACAGAAACAUGCAUCUUUAAAUCUGACAAGUAAACAUGCCUUCUCAUUUUAACAAGGCUUUAAAACAACUACAUCCUCCUGCUAAAGGCCAAUUCACUUGAUUUGGUAGAGACUUCAAACUCUUUGCAUACAUCCAAAAGGUGCAUGCAAUUAUCCUCAUAUUUUGGGACUGGAUUUGGAUUAUCUUGGUAGCGUACGUGCUUUACAGAUGGUGACUGGCAUGUUCAUUCUUCUUGAGAUAUCAUCUUUUCUUUCAUUCAGUUCAGGGUGAACUCCAUGGUGUGAUGACUAUGACCUAAGGCUGUUGUAGGGAGGACUCCCCACAUUCUCAAAGAACACAAACCUGGUCUAAUGUUUAAACAAUUCUGGUAAAUACGUUAGAAUCCUAAUGUCAAAACUUAGUGAGAAGUAUACAGUAGCAUGUCAUUCCUAAGUAUUCAUGCCAGUAUGUUAAAUCCUAACUGGAAGAAUACUCUGAUGCCAAUUCUCUCGUACUCUACCUAUUGUACUGCCCUCCAGUCAACACCCUCAAAAUCUACUCCCACACAUCUUCCCUGGAUCAUGCCAGUGCGUAUUACCCAGUUCCCGCGAGUCUUCGGGGCAGAAACUGAAUUUUCCUGGUGAGACUAUGGUGAGACCUUGUCUCAGUCACUGCUGUGGAGGCAAGGAGAGGUCAAAGAAACAUGUCCUGAUGAGGACAAGCAUUAACCAGCACGGCACCAGCCCCACAUGAGUUGUUUGCAAGUGGCAGUUGUUCUGUAGGAGGAAAUAGCCCCUUUGCUGGCCUGGAAUGUUCUGGGAAAUCUGGAGAUUCAAAUUUCAGAGGCACUUACACACAAACAUGCCAGUCCCAAGUCCAAGGGUCCCACUGCUUUUCAUGCCUCUGACUUUAGCAUGACUUGUCAAAAUGCACAUUCUUUUGUACCUCUGCCAUCCCUGUGAUUAAUGCAUUGAUUUUUGGUUUUGUUUUUUGUACACAAAUGUUUCUUAGAACAAUGCCUGGCACCUAGUAAGUAAGUAAGGAAUGAAUGAAUGAAUGAAUGAAUGAAUAGUUCAGAGGAAAAAGGUAUAGUCUGCAAGGGGAGACUGUGUAAACACCAGCUGGCCUCAGGCAUGAGCAAGAAUCUCAAUGGUUCAUCUAGCCCCCUUGAGAGAGGGCAUGGGACAGACAGCGCUGAUGUGUAGAAGUGGCCCAGUAUGGCCAGAAGGUGUGGGAAGCUGGAGCUAGUCUUUUGCUUGGGGGUGAGGCUGGAACUGCUGUGGAAUCAGCUAUCAGGUAGGCAGAGUGGGGCCUGAGUGCGGAGCUGCAGCUAGUUAGGUAGGGCUGCUGUGGUGAGACUGGACUGUCCAUACACAAACCCACUGGCUCCUGUGCUCAAUGAAAAAGAAGGAAAGCCAGAAAACGAAAGUGAGGUGUCUUGUUGCCACAACUGCCUUCCAGGAACCCUCCAGCACCCUUUAUUGACAAGACCUAACGUUCCAUGAGCUGGCAAAGGAGAGAUGUUUACAGGGUCAGGAUUACAAGGGUGGAUUUAAAGAUGAAGCAUUAAAUGAUGAAAAUAAAGAUGAAGCAUUAAAAUGGCACAGUCCACCCGUUUUUCUACUCAGCUCCAUAUUUAUCAAAUAUACAUUUGAAAGCUCAAGCAAUUAAAAAGCAACUCUGUUUCCAUCUAAUAAAAUGCACCUAUCGUUUAUACAUAGACCCCAUUUUCUCCCCCAGAAUAAGGGGACACACGCUCCCAAAGGUCAUUGUAGUCACUGCUAAUUAUAUUAAAUAUUAUGUUUAAGAACAGUUUUAGAUUAACAAAAAAACUGAGAAUACAAAAUUCCCAUAUACCCCACACCCAGUUUCCUAUUAACAUCUUACAUUAGUAUGGUACAUUUGUUAUAAUUAAUGAAACAAGAGUGAUAUAUUCCUAACUAGUCUCAUAGUUUUUCUGAUUUCCUUAGUUUCACCUGAUGUCCUUUUUCUGUUCCAGGAUCCCACACAGAGAACCACAUUACAUUUAGCUGUCGUGUCUCCUUAGGCUCCUCGUGAUUGCUUUUCAGACUUUCCUCAUUUUGAAAACCCUGACAGUUUUGAAAAUUACUCAUCAGGUAUUUUGUAGGAUGUCCUUCUAUUGCAAAUUGUCUGAUGUUUCUCUCAAGAUUAGCCUGGGAACAUGAGUUUGAGGGAGGAAGAUCACAGCGGUAAAGUGCCAUUUUCAUCACAUAUCAAGAGUACAUACUUUCAACAGGAUUUAUCACUGUUGAUGUUGACCUGGAUCACCUGGUUGACGUAGUGCUUGUCAGGUUGCUCCACUGUAAUUUUUUUUCCCUCUUUCUAUACUGUAUGCUUUGGAAGGAAGUCACUAUGCAUAAUCCAUACGCACACAGUAUCCACAUAAAUUAUUUCGAAUUCUCUCUGCACAGAUUUGUCUAUUCUCCUCCAUUUAUUUAUUCAAUCAUUCACUUAAAUCAGUUGGAUUCAUGGAUGUUUACUCUACACUUGAGUUUACCCAAUACAAUUUGUUGCUCAAAUUAUUCCAUCUUGGGGCAGCCGGCUGGCUCAAUUGGUUAGUGCGCAGUGCUCAUAACAGCAACAUGGCCAGUUCGGUCCCCACACGGGCCAGUGAGCUGCGCCCUCCACAACUAGAGUGAAAACAAACGGCUUGACUUCAAACUGAGCUGCCGGUGGGCUGCCAGUUGGCUCAGUUGAUUAGAGCCCAGUACUCAUGGCACCCGGGUCGCCAGUUCAAUUCCCACAUAGGCCAGUGGGCUGUGCCCUCUACACUAGAUUGGAAAAAAAAAAAAAAA